UUGUGUCAGUGUAACAAACUUGACGUCGUUGUGACCGCGCGAGUUACCAAACGGCAACUCUCCACAGUUCGGUGGCUUGUGUUGAUGACUGACUGAACCAGCAGCCGUGUGAAGUGUGAAUGAGCCGGUUCAUCGCAGGGUGACCGACAUGUUUUGGUUCUCGGCAGGUCAGCGGGGACCUGUCGGACUCCUCCGCUGCUGGUCCCUCACAGUCACCCCCCGGUGCCCUCUGCACACCUCACGCUCCUUCUCCGUCACCGCCCCCGCGAAAUCUCCGACACCGGAGGAGCCGAAGCGGCCCCUGAAGCAGUGGGCUCUGGCCGUGAGCCCGUUCAGCGCGGUGCGGGCGCGGCUGGCCUGCAGCAUCUCCAUCCGCCCGUUGGACCCGCACACCUUCCCGGAGGCUGACCGAGCCUUCGUCACGGUGCACGGGGCAGACGCCGAGCGGGAUGUCGGUCUGGAUCACGUGCUCGUCCACUACGACGAUCAGACCAAAGAGCUGCUCAUCUCCGCCGAGAGGCUGAACAGCAGCGUGUCCGUCGACCUGGCUGCACCCAUCAAAAGCAAUCUCUUCAUUACAACUCAAGGAGGGGGCAACGUGAACGUGAAGAAUAUGGAGUGUGACAUCUGCAAGGUGCAAACCGAGAGAGGCGACUGUCUGCUGCACUCUGUCAAGGGUCAUCAGGUCGAGGUGCGUUCCAAUGGAGGACGUGUCACAGGUGUGGGCACGAUCCACGGCAACGUGGACAUCAGCACGCUUGGAGACGGUGAAGUGGAUGUCAAGAAGCUCCAGGGCACCAGGAUGAAUGUCUCGACAGAGCACGGCCCUCUGCAGGUCAAGGCCAUCUACGCCGAGUCCAGCUGCAUCUCCUCCAGCUCUGGCAGAGUACAGCUGGGGCAUGUGCAUGGUGAAGCCUCGGUGAAGAACAUGUCCGGAGAUACAGUCAUAGAUGGUUCUAAUAGUUUCCUGACUGUUUCCUCUCACAACGGAGGCAUCGACGUCUAUGUGGGAGACGGUGGCAGUGCACAACUCCACAGCGAGGGAGGAGCGGUGUGCCUGCGUGUCCCAUCCUCGUUGAGAGCAGGGGUGGACCUCUGUGGGGCUUCGGUGGAAAUCAGCCCAGAUGUUGUUCUGCAUGAAGCACAGAACAACACAUCUCAAGGCCAAACCACAGUUACUGGUUGUAUGAAUGGAGCGUUGCCAGUGGACCGGUGGGUUAAAGCACGGGCCGACAAAGGCUCCGUCAGACUGAAGACUCAGAGCUGGUUUGAGUCGCUGAAGCUGGGGAGAUGAGCUGGGUUUUGAUUGACAGGAUUUUUUGUUAUAAUUCUGCAUCACUGCACCGGGGCUUUACACUUAGAGAUACUGUACCUUUAACUCUGCUCAGGAUGCACUGUGCUGUCAAUGAGUUAACUACAUCCAUAGCAUUUGACAAAUAUUCCCUGAAAAAAAUCACUGUACAUACUGUACCACGAGAUUAGGAAGCAUAUAAUAUAACCUGGUUUGUACUGAAUAUAAAUUUGAAACCAUGGAGUUUGUUCACAUCAUUGUUUUUGCUGCUUGUGACUGCCCUUUGUAUGAUAUGUUAAUACAAUAAAAACAAAAUAAGAAGA